AUGCCACAACCAAGUUCACGUGGGGCCAAACGUCGCUGUCAUUGUAAGGCGACCUGUGGGAAACUCCUCAGUUAUUGGUCUCGCUGGCGCCACAAACGACGAAUGGAAGUUUUGGGCAGAGCAGAUGAAAUUCAAUCUUCCGAGACUGCUGAGUCAGAUGAAGAAGAGGUCGAAGACACACCAUUUAAUGGUUCCGACUUCGAGCCUGAUGGUGACGAGUUUAAGCCUGGUGACGACGAGUUUGAACCUGGCGAUAUCAAGUUUGAACAUGGAGCUGAUGUCAACAACAUGGACGUGGAUGAGCCAUCUGAGGUGGAAUAUGGAUAUCUCGCCGAAGAUGAAUCUGAGCUGUUGGAUAGUGGCGGUGCAGAUUCCAGUGAGAGUGAAGUUGACGAGGAGAUGUCGGAAAGCACUACAAGCUCAACCAGCUCUAAUCUUGGUCGGAGGCCUGACGAUAUAGAUGACGAAGGGCUUGGAGAGUUGGGGUUCGACUCAGGAUCAAAUAUUUCUGCAGACUCUAAUGAUGAAUAUUGA